AUUAUGAAGAAAUUGGUGGUCAUGUGAUGCUUACGCUCCUCCCCUGAACUGCAGUUGUCACAGUCACAGGAAAAACCACAGACAAACCUGAGAAAACCCCCAGGUGGUCGUAAGCUUCUCACUGAUCCCCAGGCUUCUGUAGAUUACUAGCUCUUGCAUCUCCUCAAGGAAUCCAACUGGACAACCCAAGCCAAUCUGAAUCUGCCCACUGGACCCAGCUCUCCUCGAAAUGGCUGACCCGUCUGAGGUGCUGUACACGGUGUUUGAGGUGCUGAUUGCUGUGUUGUGUUGCCUAGGCAAUGCCCUCGUCAUCUGGGCAGUGUGGGUGAGCAUGCCGCGGCGAGAACCCACCUCCUGCUUCGUGUUGUCACUGGCACUGGCCGACUUUCUGGUGGGUGCAGUCAGCGUGCCCAUGUCGUUGUUCGUGGACGGACGUGUCCAUACCUCCUUCCAAGGCUGCCUGGUAGCCUGCUGCAUGGUGAUGGCGCUUCCUUACAGCUCCGUACUGGCACUUUUGGCCAUCGCCUCUGAUCGCUUCUUACGAGUCUGCAUUCCCUUCAGGUACAAGACCCUGAUGACGACUCGACGUUCCGUGGGAGCAGUGCUGCUGUGCUGGCUGCUGGCCGGCAUGCUCAGCAUCACCCCCAUGCUGCCCUGGUCACACAAGGCCUUCAGAGCGAAGGCGCCUGUUAACUCCACUGACAUAGUGUGCCGCUUCACUGAUGUCAUCCCCCAGGCCUACCUCAUGUACUUCAACUUCUUCGGUAUCAUUCUGCUGCCCCUGCUGGCAAUGGUGAUCCUUUACAGUGGCGUGUUCUACAUUCUUAGACGACGCUUGCAGGACAGUUUGGCAAGGCACAUGGAGCAGCAGACCUACUACCUGAAAGAGCAGGCCCUUGCCAAGGUCCUGACGCUGGUGCUGCUGCUCUUCGUCGGUUGUUGGCUGCCCCUCAACGUGAUGAACAGCAUAACCUUCUUCAGGGGGCCUGACGCUGUUCCCAUAGAGCUUGUGUACACCGGCAUCUUCCUGACCCAUGCCCACUCGGCCAUUAAUCCCCUCCUCUAUGGCUUCCGGAUACGCCGAAUCCGGGUCACCUAUCUGCAGCUGUGGAACAGGGUUAUGUCCCAUCCCAGAGGAGGCCUAGAGCUCACCACCAGCACUCAUCCCAGUAACAUAUGAUUUUGCCAUCUCAGAAAAGAGAAAGGCGCUGUCUAUUUGCCAAAAGGGAGUGCAGUGGUUAAGUGUUCGGUUUCACUAUAUAUAAGCAAGACGCUUGACUGAAAUAGGAGGUAGCUUUCAGUUUGUCAUUAUCUGUGUCAUCUAAGCAUUAAAAAGUUACACGAACAAACCAUACUGUGCAAAAUAGCUUUUUUUCAAGAUGUUAUUUUCUUAGCAUUCUAACCAUCUAAUAGAUUCUUCUCUUUCUUUACUCAACCACUAGCUUAAUAUGUUUGGCUAAUCAGUAGCUCAUCAAGUUCUUUAAGUAAGUCAAUGAAAUAAGGGGGCUGAAAUCUAACAAAUACAUGCUUGGGGUGUCCGUGAGAAGAGGUCUGGGAACCAAAACUAUGUUCUUCCAGCCAUCCAACAAGUAACCUUUUGGAGAACAGAAAAGAUUCUUGUUAUUUUCAUUUUGUCUCUAUUGAUUUGUAUGUAUUACAAUAUUAAAUUGUAUUUUCUGAGCAAAUAUACAUUAAGAUAAACUGUGUAAAGCUAACUGUCAAGAACCUUUGCAGGGUUCUGAAUAUAUUGUCUGUAUCAAGACUGGCAGCUCAUAUUUUCAAAAUAAGCUUAUUACUCUAUAUAUUAGCCAUAAAAGAAUGCUUGUUUGUGAAAUAUUAUAUAUAAGCGUCAAUA